ACGCGCCCCUCCGAAAAAUCAUUGGACACAAACACAAACACGCCAAAAGGUGAGGAGCGCACGCAACGAGUGAGCAGGCGGAGCCCAGCGAGACGGGCGGGAGAGAUCGCCGAAUCCUUAUCCACCUCGCCGCGCCAUGGCCGCCGCCGCCGCCGCCGUCCACCUCUCCACCCACGCCCGCCUCCGCCUCCGCCGCUCGCCGGCCGACCCGCCCUCCACCUCCUCCCGCCGCCCGACCCUCCUGCGCUGCCGCGCGUUCAAGCAGGAGCCCGACGGGGGCAGCAGCGGCACCGACCCGACCGAGGCGCGGAAGCGCAGGAAGAAGGGGCCGCUGUACAAGCUCAAGGCCGCGAUCCAGGGGCUCGCGGGCUCCCGCUCGGCCGCCGCGGAGGCGUACGGGGGAGAGUACCAGCGCGCCGUCGAGAAGGCGGAGGAGAUCUUCUUCUCGGUGAGGCACCGAGCUCCAUUCAUUCACGAUAAACCCUCUCGCCCUUGGCCGACGCAGUACACGUACAUGUACUGUUAGUUUCUGCAUCUGUUUGGUGGUUUGAACACCCGAUGGAUGAUCGGCUAGUUGAAUGCCCGUGGCCAAGUUCGCUUCCUUAGCUUGUGCCUGAACUGCACAUGUGCCCCUCCCUCCCCAACAGUUGCUAAAAGUGAGCUCGAAUCUGGUCCGUAUCCUGGUUACUACCUGACUACAGGGUGUUCGAUGAUUGACUCUGAUUCACAACUAUUGGUGGCUCCAAUGUCCAAUCCAUGUUUAAUACACCAGCUCCUUGCAAAGGCAGGGAUGGAGGCCUACACCACUCUAGUGUUGGCUCUAUAGCAUGUUUUAAACUUGAAGGGCAUACACUGCACGAUUGCACAUGUGGAGGGCGCCCCUUUCCAGAUUAGUUUCUUUUUUUUCCCUCACAAGCCACAGGCCUAUAUUGGAGAUUGAAUUCUACACGGAUUUCCGUAUCCUUCAUUCCUUCUCACCAGAAAUGGUAUGCAACUCAAAGGUGCACUCGUUAGAAUAUUCUAACCAUGUAGGAGUACUAUGAAUGCAAUGAAAUGACAGGUGUUUGCUGAUUCAAACCAAAGUUCCUUCGGAGUAUCAAAUUGUGGCAGCAUGAGCAAGCAGUGGUUUAAUUUGUUAUAUGUUGCUACUUCUAGAGUGCAUGCAUUGUGCCUAAUCACUUCUUAGCCUGUCAAACAGUCCAGAAUCCAGACAUAUGAUUCAUUCUUGCAAUGGGCCCUGUUGAUCACGAGUCAUGUUGUAUACGGUUACUACUCAGCUAGGAAAAUAUGUUAUCACUAUGAUGAGCAGUGGUGUUGUACUCGGGGUUGGAUUUCAGCUAUCAGGUGGAGACAGCCAAAUGAAUGAACUAAUUUGGUACAGCUGGCUUGGUGGGGUGAUUAUCGGUACAAUGAUAGGUACAAACAGUGUCCUAGAGGAACACUGCAAAGCUGGACCUCGCAAUGUCGUCAUAACUGGAAGCACAAGAGGGUUAGGAAAAGCACUUGCUCGUGAGUUUCUUCUUUCAGGAGACCGUGUUGUUAUUACGUCACGAAGUCCUGAAUCAGUUCUUCAGACUAUCAAAGAACUUGAAGAGAACAUUCAGGAGGGCUUAUCAGUAGCCAAAAAGAAAGAAAGGAAAACUUUAUCUCAUGCCAAGGUUGUCGGUACAGCUUGUGAUGUCUGUAAACCUGAAGAUGUGAAGAAGUUAGUGAAUUUUGCUAUUAAUGAGCUUGGCUCAGUUGACAUUUGGAUCAAUAAUGCGGGCACAAAUAAAGGUUUUAGGCCACUGGUAACUUUUUCUGAUGAUGACAUUACUCAGAUCGUCUCAACAAACCUAGUUGGGUCUUUGCUGUGCACCAGAGAAGCCAUAAAUGUCAUGCAAUACCAAGACAAGGGAGGCCAUAUAUUCAACAUGGAUGGAGCAGGUUCCGGAGGAUCAAGUACACCACUUACAGCUGUCUAUGGUUCUACUAAAUGUGGACUGAGACAGUUCCAAUCAUCACUUCUGAAGGAAAGCAGAAGAUCGAAAGUUGGAGUGCACACUGCCUCUCCUGGUAUGGUCCUCACAGACCUCCUUUUGAGUGGUUCAUCCCUCAGAAAUAAACAGAUGUUCAAUUUAAUAUGCGAGCUUCCAGAAACAGUAGCUAGGACAUUGGUUCCAAGGAUGAGAGUUGUAAAAGGAAGUGGAAAGGCAAUCAACUACUUGACACCACCAAGGAUCUUGCUGGCCUUGGUUACUGCAUGGGUUCGAAGGGGGCGGUGGUUUGAUGACGAGGGAAGAGCAGUAUAUGCAGCCGAGGCUGAUAGAAUUCGCAACUGGGCUGAAAGCCGAGCACGGUUCUCUGUCACUGAUGCCAUGGAGAUGUACACGGAAAACACAUGGGUUUCCGUAUUCUCGCUCUCUGUGGUCUGUGCAUUCAUAAUUCUUUCCAGCUCAGGUGGACCUCUUCCAGGCACAUGAUCCCCAAAGUUGCCAACCUAGAUACUCCAUUUAUUUUCACCAAAGGUGUUCUACUAUCGGAAAGGAUACGACACAACACUUGUGAUUUGUGAAUGGGGAGGAAGAUGAACCCACAAAUGUAGAUAGGUGCAAGGGAGAUCAGCAGCUGCUUCCUCUCACCAUUUAAGGCUUGGCUAACCAUGUGCUCAGAAAAAGGGUAAAUAGAAUUUGUUUUGUGGGCAUUCCCACUUCUAUAAGCUAGCCUGUGACCUGUGACUUUUAAGAACAUGUAUGAGAAAGAGCACCAGCAGAGUCUUCUUACCUGGUGUACAUGCUUAUAGUCAUGAUAAUUAUUGUAACUCUCUGGGCCACUUGUUCCCUUGGCACUAAAGUAUCUAUAACUUGGGUCAUAUGGGUCGGAACUCAGAAUCAUGAGAUGUCAGGUUUGUAUGCACUUUUAGGUUGCCAUGGGAACUACAACUAUAAGAAAAGCUUAUAAAUUAAA